AUGACAUGCACGGAUCCAUCAGUCAAGGACUACAAUGAAACUCUCCGAAAGAUAUCAAGGAGUCUCGAAAAUGCCCUUGAAACAUUCGGCCCUUCGUCAAUCCAAUACUAUGCCAUCCUUGAACUUCUCCAUGACUGUCUAGGCGAUAUCGAGGAAGCAAAGAAAGCGCCAUUCCAACCAACUGUCGACCCGGAUGUGCUCAGCUUAGCGAUGGGAUUCCUGAAGAUUGCAGAGUAG